AUGGAUUCUGGCCAUCAACCGGAGGCACAACGUCAUUACUCGGAGCAGUCGACUUACCAAACCACCACAGUCGCCUCCAACAUGUCUGAAUCCAACUACAACAAUGUCGUGGAAUUCAAUGAAUCCAACAAUGAAUCCCGCCAUGAAGAAUCCACCCAGCAUGAAGUUGCCGAGCCCGCUGCCUCGAGCGCAUCAUCUACCCUAUCUUCACAUGGAAGCGACAGUGGUCGCUGGGGUGAGCAGGCCGGCGAACCAGUCUCCCGCAGCGGCGCAAUGGAAGAUCUGGAAGAGAUGCGUCGCGAAUUGACCCGUCUCAGUCUGCACCGUACCCGCUCAGCUACCUCCAAGAGUGUGCAUCGCCUCAAAUCCAAGGCAAGCCAGCGCUACGAUGAAGAGAAAGGUCUCGACGAAGAAGACGAAGAACAAGGUUUCGAUCUUGGUGAUUUCCUGGUCAGUGGACACCUGGAGCGCCGCACUACUGCUGGCGAACCCGCCAAGAAAGUUGGUGUGGUGUUCAAAAACCUUACCGUGAUGGGUGUGCAGACGGGCGCAUCGUUUGUGCGCACCCUACCCCAUGCUGUGGUGGGUACCUUCGGUCCCGAUCUCUACAAUGUGAUCUGUCGCUUCGUGCCCCAGCUGCAAUUCGGCAAGAAGCCUCCUGUUCGGGAGUUGAUCCGCGAUUUUAGCGGUUCGGUUCGUGAGGGUGAGAUGAUGCUCGUCCUGGGUCGUCCUGGUGCAGGAUGUACCACUUUUCUGAAAGCUAUUGCCAAUGAUCGCCAGGCCUUUGCUGGGGUUAAAGGCGAGGUUAGCUACGGUGGUCUCUCUGCUGAGGACCAAAAUCGUUAUUUCCGUGGCGAGGUCAACUAUAAUCCCGAGGAUGACCAGCACUUCCCGUCCCUGACGGUCUGGCAGACCUUGAAAUUUUCGCUGAUGAACAAGACUCGCAAGCAUGAUCGCGAGAGCAUUCCUAUUAUCAUUGACGCACUGCUAAAGAUGUUCGGUAUCAGCCACACCAAGAACACUCUCGUUGGUAACGAGUAUGUGCGUGGUGUGUCUGGUGGUGAGAGGAAGCGAGUCAGUAUCGCCGAGACCCUUGCUACCAAGUCCACUGUGGUCUGUUGGGAUAACUCGACACGUGGUCUGGAUGCCAGCACUGCUCUGGACUACGCCAAGUCUCUUCGCAUCAUGACCGAUGUUAGCAAGCGCACAACCCUGGUCACCCUAUACCAAGCAGGAGAGAGCAUCUACGAGCUCAUGGAUAAGGUUUUGGUUAUCGAUGAGGGCCGCAUGCUCUACCAAGGCCCUGCCAACCAGGCGCGCCAGUACUUCUUCGACCUUGGAUUUUACUGCUCUGAUCAGAUGACCACUGCCGAUUUUCUCACCUCCGUCUGUGAUGUCAAUGCCCGCGAAUUCCAGCCUGGCCGCGAGGCAUCCACCCCCAAGACCGCUGAGGAACUCGAACGUGUCUUCAAGAGCAGCGAGGCUUACAAGCAAAUUUUGAACAACGUUAGCACCUAUGAGAAGCAGCUCGAGGAGACCCAGCGAGAGGACACCCGUCGCUUUGAGAGCAGUGUUGCUCAGUCCAAGAGUAAGACUGUCUCUAAGAAGUCUCCUUACACUGUUUCUCUGGUUCGCCAGGUCGCUGCCUGUGUGAAGCGCGAGUUCUGGCUCCUGUUCGGUGACAAGACCUCUCUCUACACCAAGUACUUCAUCAUCAUCUCCAACGGUCUUAUUGUUUCUUCUUUGUUCUACGGUGAAGCCAUGGAUACCAGCGGUGCCUUCUCGCGCGGCGGUGCCCUCUUCUUCUCGAUUCUGUUCCUUGGUUGGUUGCAAUUGACUGAACUCAUGCCCGCUGUCUCGGGCCGAGGAAUCGUCGCUCGCCACAAGGAUUACGCCUUCUAUCGCCCCUCUGCUGUCUCGAUCGCCCGUGUCGUCGUGGAUUUCCCUGCCAUUUUCUGCAUGGUCGUUCCGUUUUGUAUCAUCGUCUAUUUCAUGGCAGGCCUGGAUGUGACUGCUUCCCAGUUCUUCAUCUACUUCCUGUUCGUGUAUACCACUACCUUCUGCAUCACCUCGAUGUACCGCAUGUUUGCAGCCCUUUCGCCGAGCAUCGAUGACGCUGUUCGCUUUGCUGGUAUCGCGCUUAACCUGCUGAUUCUCUACGUCGGCUACGUGAUUCCCAAGCAAACGCUGAUUAACAACUCGAUCUGGUUUGGAUGGCUGUUCUACGUGAACCCCAUUUCCUACAGUUAUGAGGCAGUCUUGACUAAUGAGUUUUCUGGUCGAACGAUGGAGUGUGCUGCCUCGCAGCUUGUUCCAUCUGGACCGGGAGCCGUUACAGGACACCAAGGUUGUGCUCUGACUGGAUCCUCCGUCGAUCAGACUUCUGUUCCGGGAACCCAGUACUUGACAGCGAACUUUGAGUUUACCCGUUCCCAUCUCUGGCGCAACUUUGGUGUUGUCAUUGCCUUUACCGUUCUCUACAUCCUGGUCACAAUCUGGGCUGCCGAGUUCCUCUCCUUUGUUGGCGGUGGUGGCGGUGCCCUGAUCUUCAAGAAGUCUAAGCGCUCUAAGCAGAUCGCUGCGAAGACCGACUCGGGCAAUGACGAAGAGAAGGUGGGCAAGCCCAGUGAUGAUGCUGCCCUGGCCCGUGGCGAAGCUUCAUCAGCUCCAUCUGGUGAUGGUUUCAAAAAGCUGUCCUCCAGCGAGCGCUGUUUCACCUGGUCAGAUGUCGAAUACACAGUACCAUAUGGAAAUGGGACCCGCAAGCUUCUCAACAAGGUCAACGGAUACGCCAAGCCUGGUGUCAUGAUCGCCCUGAUGGGUGCCUCUGGUGCUGGAAAGACUACUCUGCUGAACACCCUCGCCCAACGCCAGAAGACAGGUGUUAUCAGGGGUGAUAUGCUUGUUGACGGUCACCCACUUGGCGCUGACUUCCAACGUGGUACUGGAUUCUGUGAGCAGAUGGAUCUGCAUGAUAACACCUCCACCAUUCGCGAAGCAUUUGAGUUCUCCGCCAUUCUCCGCCAGGAGCGCACUAUCCCGCGCGAGGAGAAGAUCGACUAUGUUAACCGUAUUAUUGACCUUUUGGAAUUGGAAGACAUUCAAGAUGCGAUCAUCGGUUCCCUGAAUGUUGAACAGAAGAAGCGUGUCACCAUCGGUGUGGAACUUGCUGCGAAGCCCAGUCUUCUUCUGUUCCUGGAUGAACCCACUUCGGGUCUUGACAGCCAGGCUGCCUUCUCCAUUGUCCGUUUCUUGAAGAAGCUGUCCCAGGCCGGUCAGGCUAUCGUCUGCACCAUCCACCAACCUUCUUCCAUGCUGGUUCAGCAAUUCGACAUGAUUCUCGCCCUCAACCCCGGUGGUAAUACUUUCUACUUCGGACCCGUUGGCAAAGAGGGCGCUGCAGUGAUCAAGUACUUCGCCGCCCGUGGAUUCGUUUGUCCUCCCACAAAGAACGUCGCCGAGUUCAUCCUCGAAACCGCCGCCAAGGCAACCGAGAAAAAUGGCAAAAAAAUCGACUGGAACGAGGAAUGGCGCAACUCCGAUGAAAACCGCGCGGUUCUCGACGAGAUCCACCGCAUCAGAACCGAGCGCAGUAAGCUCCCCGUCGACGACUCUGGCAGCACACACUACGAAUUCGCCGCCCCGACCAUGGUCCAGACCGAGCUUCUCACCAAGCGUCUCUUCCUAAACUACUGGCGUGACCCAUCAUACUACUACGGCAAACUCUUCGUCAGCGUCAUCAUCGGUAUCUUCAAUGGUUUCACCUUCUACAUGCUCCCCAAUACUGUCGCAAGCAUGCAAGAUCGCAUGUUCUCCUGCUUCCUUAUCAUCCUAAUCCCUCCAAUUGUCAUGAACUCCGUCGUUCCCAAAUUUUACAUCAACCGCGCCCUCUGGGAAGCCCGCGAAUACCCUUCCCGCAUCUACGGCUGGGUAGCUUUCUGCACCGCCAACGUCGUCGGUGAGAUCCCCGCCGCAAUCGUCACCGGACUCGUCUACUGGCUCCUCUGGUACUACCCCGUCGGUCUCCCCACCGACUCCUCAAGCGCAGGCUACGUCUUCCUGAUGUCAAUGCUCUUCUUCCUCUUCCAAGCCUCAUGGGGCCAGUGGAUCUGCGCCUUCGCUCCAUCCUUCACUGUCAUCUCGAACGUCCUCCCCUUCUUCUUCGUCAUGGUCAACCUCUUCAACGGUAUCGUCCGCCCCUACGCUGAUUACCCCGUUUUCUGGAAAUACUGGAUGUACUACGUCAACCCUGUAACAUGGUGGCUUCGCGGUGUUCUCUCUGCCAUCUUGCCCCCUGUGAAAAUUACCUGCGCAGAAGGCGAGACGACAAAGUUCACCCCUCCAUCCGGUAUGACAUGUGGCGAGUAUGCAGGCGACUAUGUUAAGAAUAUCGCCGGAAGUGGAUACCUACUUGACACUUCCUCCACUUCUGAAUGCCAGUACUGUGCCUACAGCAAUGGGUCCGAGUACAUGCAACAGCUGAACGUGCACGAUGGAGAUAAGUGGCGCUGCUUCGGCAUCUUCUUGGCCUUUGUCAUUAUCAACUGGUUCCUGGUUUACUUCUUCAUUUACACUGUUCGUGUACGUGGCUGGACCUUUGGAUUUGGCUAUGUGUUUGGUUUGGGUGGAAUGUUGGUUGAGGGCGUGAAGCGCCUCUUCCAGCCGAAAAAGAAGGAGAUUCAGCAGUGA